UUAGAAUCAGACAUGGCUUCAGGGGAUGCAGGACGCUCACCUGAGCUGCCUGUCACCGACUAAGUGGAGCAGUGUUUCUUCCGCAGACUCAACUGAGAAGUCAGCCUCUGGGGCAGGCACCAGGAAUCGGCCUUUUCAGAUGUCACUCUGUUGCCCAGGCUGGAGUGCAGUGGCACAAUCACAACUCACAACAGCCUCAACCUCCCAGCCUUAAAAGAUCCUCCCACCUCAGCCUCCCAAACAGGUUCUGUCUCCGGCAGGCUUUGAGGAUGAAGGCUGCGGGCAUUCUGACCCUCAUUGGCUGCCUGGUCAUAGGCGCCGAGUCCAAAAUCUACACUCGCUGCAAACUGGCAAAAAUAUUCUCAAGGGCUGGCCUGGAUAAUUACUGGGGCUUCAGCCUUGGAAACUGGAUCUGCAUGGCGUAUUAUGAGAGCGGCUACAACACCACGGCCCAGACAGUCCUGGAUGACGGCAGCAUCGACUAUGGCAUCUUCCAGAUCAACAGCUUCGCGUGGUGCAGACGCGGAAAGCUGAAGGAGAACAACCACUGCCACGUCGCCUGCUCAGCCUUGAUCACUGAUGACCUCACAGAUGCGAUUCUCUGUGCCAAGAAAAUUGUUAAAGAGACACAAGGAAUGAACUAUUGGCAAGGCUGGAAGAAACACUGUGAGGGGAGAGACCUGUCCGACUGGAAAAAAGACUGUGAGGUUUCCUAAACUGGAACUGGACCCAGGAUGCUUUGCAGCAACGCCCUAGGGUUUGCAGUGAAUGUCCAAAUGCCUGUGUCAUCUUGUCCCGUUUCCUCCCAAUAUUCCUUCUCAAACUUGGAGAGGGAAAAUUAAGCUAUACUUUUAAGAAAAUAAAUAUUUCCAUUUAAAUGUC